AUGGUUACAAUUGUUUCAUUUUAUAAUAUUUCACAAAAUAAAUCUAAAUUAUCUUAUGAUGAUAAUUUAACUCCAAAAGAAAUUAUUGAAGAUCUUAAUAAAGGACAAUUAUUACCCCAAAUAAGUAAUGGUAGAAAACACGUUCUCUCAUUUCAAAACAAAACAAUCGAUGAUGAAAUGAAAAUUAAAGAUUUUUUCUUGUCAUUACAAGACAGUGAAGGAAGACAAUUGUUUCCUAAUGGUAAAUUUCCUCCUGUAAUUUUAUCUAUAGAUAAUUCAACAACUCCACAAAAACAUUUAAUGGAAGGUUUAGUUACACAAGAAAGAAUUAAAAAAUUAUAUGAAUCAUUAGAUAGAAGUUUUAAGGAUAAAUAUUUUGAAUUUGAAAAUAUAUGGAAAUCUGAGGCUACCAGAAAACAAUUGUAUGAUAAAUAUCCUGAAAUUAAAGAAGAUCCUGAAUUUACUAAUAUUCUUUCAAAUCAUCAAAUGACUCUUAAUAUUUUAUCAAAAGAUUGUACAGAAUAUUUUGCUAAGUACCCAUUUAUGUAUACAUUUUUAUUGGAUAUCAGUGAUAAAAUUCAGGCGACAACAUCUCUAUCUUUCAGAGAUCGAAUUAUGAAACAAUGUUUAGAGGAAUUUAAUACAAAACCAGAAUUUACAACUCUUCGUUCUAAUCCUGGUUUUAUGAAUCAUUUAAAGAUGAUGAAAGAAACAAUGGAUAUUAUGAAUAGAAAAUCUGAAGAAGAUGAUUAUAUGGCACAGAUGAAUAUGUUAUUGAGACAAAUAGCCAAUGAGUCAAAUUUAGUUCUUCCAGUUAAUAAUUCUAGAUCAAGUUCUAAUACAAACUAUUCUGAAACAUACUCACGUUCACAGAAUGCUUCUAAUGGUAGUGUUAAUGGUCAACAACAACCUAGUGGAGAAAACAGUAGUGUAGAGCAACAAAUUAAUUACCGUGAAUUGUAUGCAGAACAGUUAGGACAAAUGAUUGAGUUUGGUUUUAAUGACGAGAAUGAAAAUAUUGCUGCUCUCCAAAUGGCUAGUGGUAAUUUUGAGGAGGCAUUAUCUAUAAUAAUUGCCUUACGUGAGGAUCAAAUGGAUGGAUAA